AUGGCUAGGAGUGAAUUAGGGUCAACCACAAUUAAACUGAAUUUGUUGAUCAAUCACUUUAAAAUGAAUUUAACAAACCCGGUGACAUUACUAAAUAUUUCACACAAUACAGUGUUGAUAUUUCUUAUCCUGGUCAAGGGUAUAGAAUUGAAUGAUAAAGAUUUUGCAUACGAUGGUUCAAAAGCAUUACUCACUCUUGGCUCUCUAUCUCAGAAAGACGAGCUUGAGUUUGAUGUUGUUCUCAAAGAUGUAGCAUCAAACAGAGGUGGUUUUCGUCUAGGCCGCAAUUACUUCCCCAAUGAUGAUAGACGUCUCGAUCGUAUGAAAGAUGACAUGUUUCGUGCCUUAGGGAAAUUUGCAAGCUUUAGAACAACACAAACCGACCUUUAUCUCAAUAUAGAUAUGUCAACAACGAUUGUCUUUCCUCCGACAGUUCUCGAUUUCUUGGCUUUUAAUCAAAAUACUACUGCUAGUGGUCUCUCUAUUGACUGGAAAAAGGCUACAGAGACUCUACAAAAUUUAAGAAUACAAGCCACUCACUCAAAGAGAGAGUAUGUGAUUACUAGGCUUAGUGAUCUCUUAUGUGAAGAUAAAAUGUUUAGUAUGAAGAAGAAAAUGGACGGGAUUGGAGAAGUCUAUUUUAAAGAGAUAAGUGUUUUUAAAUAUUUCACCGAGAGGAAGGCGAUCUCGCUGACGUAUUCUGAUAAAUAUCCGUGUGUUAAUGUUCGAAAGCCCAACAUACUAGUUUAUCUACCAAUUGAGCUUUGCAUGCUUUCUCUUAAACGGUACAUCGAAGAUCUUCAGUGUUACCAACAAGCAUCUUUUGUUAUGCAUUCGAGACUCUCGCCACAACGACGAAAGGCUGCUUUGUCUCAUUAUCAGAUAUCGGAUCGGGUUGGGAAGGUUGUUUAUCGUGUGGCGUUACCGUCAAAUCUUGCUAAUUUGCACGAUGUGUUUCAUGUGUCACAACUCCGAAAGUAUGUUUCAGAUCCGUCUCAUGUGAUUCAGAUAGACGAUGUGCAAGUGCGUGAUAAUCUCACAGUGGAGAUGAUGCCUGUGCGAAUUGUGGAUCGUGAGAUGAAGGUUCUUAGAGGUAAGGAGUUUGCGUUGGUGAAAGUUGUCUGGUUAGGAGCUGCUGGCGAAAGCUCGGCCUGA